UUCAUGUGCUAGUUGAGCUGCUCGUGCUAGCCAGUUGUUUGCACGGGUUCAUAAUUCUUUAUCAGGCAUGGAUGUUCCAGGACCAGACAGUGAUUGGAGGAGUCAAGGAUUCCGCCAGAAAGUUGUCGCUCAAAUUGAGGAUGCUAUGCGAAAAGCUGGGACCCCGCAUGCCAAGAGCAGCCAAGAAAUGGAGAAUCAUGUGUACAUGAAGGCAAAAACAAGAGAGGAGUAUUUGUCACUAGUAGCAAGACUCAUAAUCCACUUUCGGGACUUUCAUAAGAAGCAACAAGGUGGCCCAGACCCCAUGAAUGCUCUUCAGACCCUUACCGGUGGGGGCCCAGGUAUUGGCAUGGGUCCCAGGCCACCAGGAGCCCCUAUGGGGCAGAUGGGGGCGAUGGGUCAGAUGCAGAUGGGCCAGCAUGCCAUGCAAGCAGGAAACCAACAGCCCCGAGGGCCUGCGCAGCUCCAGCAGAUGCAGCAGCAGAUGGCCGUUCAGCAGCAACAACAGCAGCAACAGCAGCAGGCCAUCCAGUUCCAGCAGUUCCAGGCAGCGCAGCAGCAGCAACAGCAACAGCAGCAGCAGCAGCAGCAGUUCCAGGUUCAACAGCAACUCAAGCUGCAGCAGCUGCAACAACAACAACAGCAGCAGCAGCAGCAACAGCAGCAACAGCAGCAGCACCACCAGCUCCAGCAGCAUCAAAACCAGCAGCAGCAGGCACAGACCCAGCAGCAGCAACAGCAAAACCAGUUGCAGUCGCAGUCCAGGCUCCAGCAGCAGCAGCUCCAGAUCCACUUGGCCCAGGCGCAGGCCCAGGCACAGGCUCAAGCCCAAGCGCAAGCCCAAGCCCAGGCUCAGGCAGCCCAGGCCCAGGCAGCCCAAGCUCAGGCCCAGUCCAUACAGCAGAUGGUACAACAGCAGCAGCAGCAACAGCAACAACAACAGCAGCAGCAGCAGCAAGCUCAGCUCCCGCAGCCCCAGCCAACCCAAAUGCCCCCCCACUCCCAGCAGCAGCCCAUGGUGUCCCAGUCUCUGCCAGGCCAGAUGCCCCCCGGGCAGCACCAGCCUAUCAACACGCUCAGCCUGCAGCAGCAGCAGCAGCAACAGCAGCAGCAGCAGCUUAGGCUGCAGCAAGCCAGAGCAUUGGCCCAGGCACAGCAAGUCCAGCAAGCUCAAGCGCAGGCACAGCUAGCUGGUCAGAUGAUGCCGCGUGGUGGGAUGCAGAUGCAGAGGAUGCCCCGGGCCCCUGCUCCCGCCAUCCCCCCGGCGGCAGCCGCACAGAUAGCAGCUCAGCAGAUGCCACAGGCCCAGCCGCAGAUGAUGUCAGCAGCGUCCCCGGUGCAGGUGCCGACGCCACAGCCCAUGCCACCACCCCCUCAGCCCCAGCCCUCGCCACAGCCCCCCACAUCACAGCCCAACUCUGUCAGUAGCCAAGGUCCAACGCCGUCUCCCGGUGGUUUCCAGCCCAGCCCCUCUCCACAGCCCUCCCAAAGCCCCGUGCCCGGCAGAACGCCUCAAGGAUACCCCGGCCAAGUGCCAUCCCCGACCCUCAACACCCCAGGUAACCCCAACUCCGUCAUGAGUCCGGCGGGGGCCAACCAGACGGAGGACCAGCUGUACAUGGACAAACUCAAGCAGCUCUCCAAAUACAUCGAGCCACUACGCAGAAUGAUCAACAAGAUCGACAAGAAUGAAGACCGUAAGAAGGACCUGAGCAAGAUGAAGAGUCUGCUGAACAUCCUGACAGACCCCAACACCAGGUGUCCACUGAAGACGUUACAGAAGUGUGAGAUAGCCCUGGAGAAGCUGAAGAAUGACAUGGCUGUGCCUACACCUCCCCCUCCUCCAGUACCCAGCACCAAAAAGCAGUACAUCUGCCAACCCCUACUCGACGCCGUCCUUGCCAACAUCCGCUCCCCCGUCUUCAACCACUCCCUGUAUCGCACCUUCGCCCCAGCCAUGACCGCAAUCCAUGGGCCACCAAUCACGGGGCCUGCGAUCUCCUCGCGGAAGCGGAAGUAUGAGGAUGACGAGCGCCAGACCAUUCCCAACAUCCUGCAGGGCGAGGUGGCUCGCCUCAACUCCAAAUUCCUGGUCAACCUCGACCCGGCCUUCUGCAGCAACAACGGCACUGUGCAUCUGGUCUGCAAACUAGAUGACAAGAACCUCCCAAGUGUACCCCCACUGCAGCUCAGCAUCCCAGCAGAUUACCCCGAUCAGAGCCCACACUGGGCAGAGGACACAAAUCAGUAUGGAGCCAACAACUUCCUGCAGAAGGUCCACAAGCACAUGACCUCCAAACUCCUGCAGCUCCCAGACAAACACUCAGUGACGGAGGUGCUCAACACGUGGGCACAGAGCGUGCGGCAGGCCUGUCUAACUGUGGCCUGAGAAACACCACAAACCCCAACGCGGCCGGACACACACCUGCAGACGGGCUAGGCAUGUGUCUCUGCACUGUAGAAAGCCCCAACACCUGACCCCAGAGGUGUAUAAAGUACAAGUAUGAUGAAUUCAGGUCAAUUGGGCCACUUUUUUUUUGCAUACAGUAUAAGCGAAUGGCCCUAUGUGGCCCAAUUUACCUGAAUUCACCAUACUGUCACAAGAUGUAAUUACAACAUUACUAGCAUGCUAUUAUAGUUGCAAACUGGUAAUAUCGUACUACUAAUGUUGUAACUGCAUCUCUAAUAGUACUUCUAAUAGUACUUCUACUUCAUACACCUCAGCACGUCCCCAGGUGGCUGCGGGAAAGUGACAUCAUUCAUCCAUUGCAGCCCUACAUCCAUUAAACAUCUCACAGUAUUUUAUGAUCAAUUACAGUAUAAUGAUGCAUCAAGAUCACUUAAUCCUUAUCUACACUGUGCUGUGGAAGUGGAAGAAGUUUCCCCUGUGAAAUAUCUCAGACGUUCCAUCAAUAUGUCAAGGCUAAGCUUAUCUGGAAGGACUCACUGUCUGUCUGACAUUGGCUGUAAGAAAAGUUCUACUUUUUCACAUUGGGCCUCAGUUCUAGUCUUUGCUAAGGAAUAGGAUUUGAUUUCACUCUGAUCACACUGAAAUCUGACUCAAGCCUAUCUCGUCAAGAUAACAAGGAUAACAAUCAAAUAUCUCUUUUAAGAUGUGCCAUCAAUAACUCAAAGUUUGGUUCAUCUUAAAUGCUUCAGUCUCCGAUCAUGAACAAGCAUACCUUUUUAGCAUCACAUACCACUUUUGGCAAGGAUUUGGUGUCACUGGGAACACACUGAACUAUGACACACAUCGUCUUGGUCUAACUAACUGAUGAUAAACAACGAGCUGCCCCUGUCUAUUCAGUCCUAUAGGAAAGAUGAGAGAUGAAAUUCACCUGGAGAUGAAAUUCACAAGGGGAUUGUGAGUUAUAAGAAACAUGUGCAUUAUUCUUUUCUUCCAUUUUUGCUGUGUAAAGUUUAGAGUGUAAAAAUAUUUUAUUUGUUUCCUGUUUUUUUUAUUUGAGCAAAUAAAUAUGCUUAUGUUAAACA